CAAGGACAGCAACUCGUUUGUAAGCUGUUGUGAACUGUGCUAAAAACAUGAACCGCUAGAGUAAACAGACUAGGCAAAAUGGCCGAGGGCCACGACAAAUACCUCGAGACGCUGAAUUUCGUUGUUAACUUCCUUCACGAAGAGGGCUUCCAUAAAGCGCACAGCGUUCUUCUCCAAGAGUUUAGCACACGGCUGCAGGGCUCCUCAAGCCCGAGUGCAGAGGGCGUUGUUUUCGCGGCUUCGCGCCAGUCAGUAUCAGCAUGCUCUGCACCCCCAUCUACUUUUGAAUAUGGUGAGCGAGCCUUGGAAGCACUAUCACCCCCGAGGAGCAAGUCAGCUCAGCCAGGGCCAAGCUGGGAGGGCUUUCCGGGACCAUCAUCGUUACCAAAAGCUGCUUCCACAGCUGGGGCGGUUGAAAGUGCGCCAGUCCAGAGCGCGUCCACUGCGCCCAAGCCUCCAGCAGCCAGCCCUCCAGCAGCUGCUGUGCGAGGCGGAAAGCGGAGGCCUUCACGUCCAUCCGGAAAUCGGCAACGACCUGCUUGGGAUGGCGAAAUUGACGACUACGAGGGAAUGGACGACCCGGGCUACAGCAGGCGGGAUGUGCCAAGCCAGGCAAAGUUUGCGGAGACUGAGCUAGAUGCCUGCAGCGAUGAUGGCAGCGAACGCGCGUACUUCAUGCACCAGCCUGGCGACUUGAAUUACGAUGACAUCGAGUCAGAUGUGUCUGCAUCAGAUCCGGAGGGCAUCACCGCAGCCAGCAGCGUCCACUCAGGUAACUAUGGUGCCUACUCGGGCGACGUGCACGACGAAACCUGGGACCUGGGCCCUACCGACAUCAAGUUUGCCGAGCCUGUCAGCACUCCCAGCAAGAGCCCUGAAAAGCAGGAGGCGGAGGAGCGAAGACCGGUGCUGUCACGCGUAGAGUCCCUGAGUAGCUCCUUUAAAGACUUUGAGAUGGAGCGCGGCUUUCUCGGAGACGGCGAGGCGGAGGGGCAGAUAUCCUCGAAGGUGUCGGAGUCAGAAUACGUCGCCGACCCGGAGGUGAUUGAUUUCCCCGUCACAGUUGUGAACCACGAGGACGUGGAGCUCUUCCGGCAGCGGCGGCAAAGCCCCACGUCGUCCUUAGACGUCGCCGGUGGCUCAGUAGCACCGUCGGUGACUCUUUCGGAGCCUCCAGCAGGGGAAGGCGCGGGCAGCAAGGGCAGGAAUCGACGCAAGGGCAGCGGAAAGAACUUCAGCUUGCUAAAAUCCUUGGCCACGGGGAGGGGUGGUGAAAACGGUGCCGGAGGCGGCAGCUUGGGCACUGGCGGUGCCGCAUUUUGUGGAGGUGCAGGCGGCGGCUUUAGCUUUCCUGUGACACCGCCGUCGGACGAGCCGGAACAGCGGUUGUUCACCUCCUGGCCGUCGGUACGAAGCAGCUGCACAUCGGAACCCGUUGCCAUGUCGGACGACGACAAUGCGUUGCCCGCUGAGUACGAGGAUGACGAGUACACGAAGUACCGCCUCAGCAGCCACAGCACAUCCCUCGCGGCUCAGGACUUUACCGCCGACCGCAAACUCACAGACGGCGAGGCAUCCGGAGCGCCGCCCAGCCCCGACGCGGCCUCUACCUCGUGUCACGUGGGCGCCAGCGCUGCCGCAUCUGACGCAGCAAUUGAAUGGGAGUUCAAACCGCCUGUCGACCGGUUGGUUGAGGGGACGCGCGAGCCGUCACUGGAGUUCUCCACGCAUACCACUGACGUUGAGGAGAGCGCGGGGACACUCAAGGCUCUUGGCCUUGCGGCUGGUGACGCGGGUGGUGAGAGCCGGGAUGACGACGCCGUCGAGGACAGCGUGUUGGAUACCCACAUCGGCUCGCUUUCCUUGGAGGGAGAGCUGAGGGCUGAAGCCGUGGCCGCUGAUGCAGCAGCGGAUGCGGCCGCAGCGAUAGAGCUCCAGCCGCCAGCGCUGUCGGCAGAACAGCCGCCCCUUGGGCCCAACGAAGUCGGGCAAUCUUCGCCUGUAGAGGCGUCGCAGCAGCAGCAGAGUCCGAUAGAGCGGAGAGACUCGGCACAUGUGGACUCACAUCGUAUCCAUUUUGACUUCGAGGAUUCCCUCUACGACGGUGCCGAUGCAGAGCCUUCUUCCUUAUCACAUUCACAUAGCGGCGAAGCUGCUGCGGGUGCGGCCGCUCGGAAGCGCCAGCAGCUGCAGCCGCCACCCGAGGAGCAGGACCAAGCGGCGGAUGACGCCGCGGAGGACCGGGGGAGCGGGAGCGACGGCGCCGUACCAUCGUUUUCCGAGCCGGCGUCGUACGACGGUGAGGAGGCUGACGUGGACGAACCCCUGGAUGGCGGUCUUGACGAGCAGUACGACGGAGAGGCGGAGGAAGGCGGCGGGGAGGAGGAGGAGCUCGACGCUGAGCCAUUAGGCGCUGCUGCAGCGGGACCGGCGGCGGAAUGGGGCGAGGAGGAGCGGUCUCGGGCUGCGGAAACAAAGGACGCUGGGCGCUCUCGGGACGAGUCGGGCCUUAUGCCUCGCUAUCAGGUGGACGAGCACGGCAAUGUGUUGUACGAGUACGAGCCGGACUACAUCGACAAGAAGUACGAGGUAUUUGAGCUGCGCGUGAUCCACCGCCGCCAUCGCACCGGCUUUGAGGAGACCAAGGACUUCCCCAUCCGCCUUAACGACCUCAUAGCAGGGCGGUAUCAAGUGAUGGACUUCUUGGGCUCUGCUGCCUUUAGCCGCGCGGUGCAAGCGCUCGAUGUUAAGACCGGGCAGCUGGUAUGCUUGAAGAUCAUCAAGAACAACAAGGACUACUUUGACCAGUCGCUGGACGAGAUCAAGCUGCUCAAGUACGUCAACUCCAUGGACCCCAACGACGAGUACGCCAUCGUGCGACUGUACGACUUCUUUUACUACAAAGAGCACCUGUUCCUGGUCUGCGAGCUGCUGCGGGCCAACUUGUACGAGUUCCAGAAGUACAACAAGGAGUCCGGCGACGAGCUGUACUUCACCAACGCGCGCAUCCAGCGCAUUGCUCGCCAGGCGCUCCGCUCGCUGGCGUUCCUGCACUCGCUGGGCCUCGUCCACUCGGACCUGAAGCCCGAGAACAUCCUCAUCAAGAGCUACAGCAGGUGCGAGGUCAAGGUGAUCGACCUGGGCUCCUCCUGCUUCAUCACCGACCAGCUGAGCAGCUACGUGCAGAGCCGCUCGUACCGUGCGCCCGAGGUCAUCCUGGGGCUGCCGUACGAUUACAAAGUGGACGUCUGGUCGCUGGGCUGCAUCCUGGCGGAGCUCUCUAGCGGCUACGUGCUGUUCCAGAACGACUCGUUGGCAACGCUGCUAGCCCGGCUGGAAGGCAUCCUGGGUCCCAUUCCUGAGUGGAUGCUGCACAAGGGCCGCUAUACGCACCGCUUCUACACGCGCAGUGGCAUGCUAUACGAGCGCGCGUCCAACACGCAGCGUUAUGAGAUGCUGCUGCCCAAGCGCACUUCGCUACGGCACAGGAUGCCUGACGCGGACGAGGGCCUGCUGGAGUUUGUUUCGUACCUGCUGACUGUGGACCCUCGCAAGCGCCCGACGGCUGCCGAGGCGCUCAAGCACCCGUGGCUGUUGCAGGACUACCCGUCUCUCGAGGCCUGAAGCACGACUGGGUGCGCUACCCGGGGUUGCUACCUGUAGCUGCCUGCUCGAAACCCUGCGAGCUAUGAGCCUGCUAAUGCGGAGUAGUGUUGGUAGGGGUGUGGAGGAUCCAUGGAAAGGGCAUCAUGGGUGGGCGUGGCGGGCAUGCGGCACCGGGCCAAGAACGCCGGCCGUCUGGUGCAACAGGACAGGUGGUUAUUUUGUCCCGCUGGCGUAGUGCACAGCAUGUAGCUUUGACGCCGCGUGAUAAAGCGUCGUUAUGUAGUGGGGGACCUUUGCGGUCGGGUUUGUCUGCCGGCCUUCGUGCCUCCACCCCGCUUUCAUGCGUUCUAGUGUUAUCGACUAUUAUUGUGGGCGGGGCCCCAUGCAUUCCUGGGUUCCAUGUCCAGGGAAAGCGGGGAGGGCGGGCGCAUGCUUUUGGUGAAGUCUUGUUUUAAUGAUGCAAACGGUGGUUGUAAGCAGUCGAAGGGGGGUGGCAGGUAUGAUGGCUUGAAUAGAUCUGUAGCGCUGUGUGCAGCUGCGGCUUGCGCUGCGGCCAGUUUCCGCGGCAAGAGGCUGUGCAGGCUGGAGUGGCUGGCAGCGUCCAGGGUGUUGGAAAGGAGGUGGUGUUCGGUUGCGAGCGACUGAAAGUUUUGUUCGAGCUAUAGGUGGUGUAGUGCAGUGAGCAUACAACCCUGCAGCUUGAUGUGCGCUUGUUCAUACGUCAGCAGCAGCUUUUCCUGAAGCGUUUAGCCUUGGUGGGUUCUCAUGUUUGCGCCUGGCUAUGAGGGGUGGCGAGCGAGCGCUUUGCACUGCUGCGUCGCAUGCAUGGCCGCUAUGGCAGCGUCUGUAGCGGUGUUUUCAGGCUUAGCCCCAUGUGCGUGGCAUGUUACUGGUAUCGGUAUUCCUUUCAUAAUGCCUAGUGGCCCACAGGGCAGGGUCUCUAUGCUUAGGCGAUAUGCGCAUCCGCAUCGGGAGCUGCUUGGAAGAUACUUGUACACUGUAAAGCUACCGUGUCA